AUGGACAAGGUAAACUUCACCCAGGUCCCAGAGUUCCUCCUCUUGGGACUCUCAGAGGACCCCAGGGAGCAGCGGCUGCUGUUCCUCCUCUUCCUGAGCAUGUACCUGAUCACAGGGCUGGGGAACUUGCUCAUCAUCCUGGCCAUCAUCACUGAUGCCCGGCUCCACAGUCCCAUGUACUUCUUCCUGGCCAACUUGGCCUUCGUGGACAUCUGCUUCACCACCACCACUGUCCCCAAGAUGCUGGUGAACCAUGUCAUGGGCCGCAGGGGGAUCCCUUACGUCGGCUGCCUUACCCAGACCUUCUUCUUCGUCUGGUUUGCUGGAAUCGACAGCUUCCUGCUGGCCGCCAUGGCCUAUGACCGCUACGAGGCCAUCUGCCACCCCCUGCACUAUGCCACGUCUGUGACCCCGCAGCUCUGCAGCCUUCUUGUGGGGGCAUCCUGGACAGCAGCUUUUGGGAAUGCCCUAACCCAAACGGUUGCACUGACCCGUCUCUCCUUCUGCACCCACAGAGAAGUCCCAAAUUUCUACUGUGACCUCAGUGCUUUGCUCAAACUGGCCUGCUCUGACGCCUUUCUCAACUUUGCCCUGAUGAACACCGUGGGUGCCAUUCCUCUGUUUUUCCCCUUCGUGGGUAUCCUGGUCUCCUACAUUCUAAUCUUUGCAGCCGUGCUGAGAAUUCCAUCACGCACAGGCAAGCAGAAGGUUUUCUCCACCUGCGGCUCCCACCUCUCUGUGGUCACUCUUUUCUAUGGGACCCUCAUUGGGGUGUAUUUCAACCCCACAUCCUCACAUACAGCCCAAAAGGACACAGUGGCCGCAGUGAUGUACACAGUGGUGACCCCUAUGAUGAACCCCUUCAUCUACAGUAUUCGGAACAAGGACAUGAAGGCAGUCCUGAGAGCAGUUCUCAGCAGGAAACGAGCUUUUAUUCGAUGA